AUGGCCUCUCCUCCCACUUUGACAGACUUCCUUCCUAUACCGGACAACAUGGAUCCUGUGACGAAUCCGGACAAGGAGGAGACCUCCCACUCCCUCACGCAGGAGCCGACAGAAAGCCAUGCACUGGCCAUGGCGGACCACGAUGACAAGGGCGCCGCUCAGCUGGCUCAUAGUGAUGAAGUCAAGGACUUAGGCUGGCUGGAUCAUGUGGACGAGAUCCCUAACCCUCUCAUCGGAAAGAUGCCAAACGAUGAGCUGUGGGUGCUGGUGCGGCGAUUCAACAAGCAAAUGUACCAUGUGAAGGAAUUCCCUUACCCGCCUCCUGGCAAGCUGGACCUCAACAUCGCCGAUGAAGAAGAGUUUUCUCCGGACAAGCUACGAGCGAAUGUCGAACGGCUGUAUAUGACGGUGAUUAUUGGUCUCAUGGGGUUUGGCAAGCAUAUCGUGCGUCUGCGUUCUUGGAGGGAGACACAACGAACGACUUAUUUCUGUGUUGGGUACUUUGUGGCUUGGCUGCUUGAUCUUCUUGUGCCUGCAUUACUCUGCUUGGUGAUUGCCUUGAUCACAUACCCACGAUGUCGAGAGGCCCUGUUCCCUCCAGCUCCGCUCGCCCUCGUCUCGGGCAGUACCGGUGGCGUGCAAAAGCCCAAGGCAGGAGUACUAGGAUCUACUGACUCUGCCACGGGCGCACCAGAGAAGCACAAAGGUGAGGCUGUUGAAGCUGAGGCUAGCAACUUCGUCAACAGUAUCACCUCUGUUGCCCUCGCCAGCGUGAGUGGCAAACAUCCUCAGGGUGAUCCACCUGGAGCUGAGAAGGAGAGUGAGACUGGCGACAGCGUUCCUGAUCCGACAGCGAUGGCUGUGAGCGCCAGUAAGGCCCGAAACUCCGCAAGCGGUGACGUGAAGCACGACAAGUCCAAGGAGCCGAUGGAGACUGCGAUCUGGAACAAGAUGCGACCUGUCAUGCAUGGUCUUGCCGAUGUGACUGAUACGUGGGAACGAUUUGGCAAUGCACUGGAACCGACUCCGCCAUUUCCCAAGGAUGUCGUUCGACUACGCCUGGCAGCCGUCCUGGUGCCGGUCCUAGCUGGCUCGUUCUUCAUCUCGUCAUAUAUGGUCGUGAAAGGCACAACAUUCGGUAUCGGCUUUGGCUUCUUCGGAGACCCGCUCAUCUGGCGAGGUCUUGAUUGGCUCAACACCAACUUCCCUAAGUGGCAGAAAUUGCUCGAGCUUCGCAACACACUUCUCAAGGGCGUGCCCACCAAUGCUCAGCUCACUAUUACCCUCCUGCGAAUCGGCGAAGCCAAUAAAGCUCCUCUCCCACCUCCACCGUACGCUGGCCUCUCACCACCCGAUGACGAGCCCGUCGAGCUCACCGACGCUCACAUCAAAGCAGUCGGCUCCGACUGGCCCCUCAACGCCUCACCCGAAGAAAUCCAAGCAGCGAUGGAACGCGACCCAUCCAUACCCCAGCAAACCGCCGGCGGCGACGUCGACGAAGCAGUGGAGAAGAAACACGGCAAGAAGGGCGCACGAGUCCUCGCAGCGGUAAAAGGUAGUAUCAAAACCACCGUUGACGGCAUCCUCGGUGCAGACCACGUCAAAGCCAAAGCCGGCAGCGAAGUCUCCAAACAACGAUUGGGCGUCAUCCCCAGCAAGCGCGACAACAAGCUCAGCGGUCCUGUCGACUUCAAGUGUCGAUGCCAUGGCAAGAGGGGACAUGCGUACAUCGCGACGAAAGCGACGAUUCCGUGUGUGGGCUUCAGUGUUGAUAAGAAUAUCGUCACAUCCUCUGGCGAUCUCGACGAUGAGCUGCAUCCUGUGUGGACUGUGGCGAUUGCGGAUAUCAAGGAGUUGAAGAAGAUUGGGGGCCUGGGUUGGAAGUCGAAGUUGGUGGUGGGGUGGGCUACGGGGAGGGAGGUGGCGGAUGGGUUGGAGAUUAUUGAUAAGAGGGGUAAUUCGUGGAUUAUUACGGCGAUGGUGUUGAGGGAUGAGCUUUUCAAUCGGCUGGUGGCGAUGGGUGGGCAGAAGUGGGAGUCGUGGUAG